UGAUCUGUAAAGACGAGCUGAGUCUGUGAAGAUUAAGUUGCUACAACUGACAAAAUAGCUUGCUGGAAAGAAACCUGUUUGGGAGAUGCAGAGACGUCUGGACAAAGUGGCAAGCAAGAGCAGACAGCAGUUUGCUGAGUUUGAAAGAAGCGGCAAGGCUAACCCAUCAUCGAAGAAAAGUGUGGGAAGGAUUGAAGAGCAGUCUUGGACAGCAGCUGUCAUCCGAUCAUUACAUCUUGUGUGGCAAGCAGUAAAGGGACUACUAAUUUUAGGCAUGUCUUUUCUCAUUGCUGCUCUCUGGUACUGCAGAAGACUCUACACAUACUUAGCACAGCUGUUGAAAUGGUGGAGUAGAUAUCUGCAGAAAAAAUUCAUAAAGAACCUCAGCGUGUUGGCAGAAGUUGAUUUACUUGGUUAUUGUGCAAGAGAAUGGAAAGGAGAAACAAAGCAAGCCAUACAGAUGAGAAAGGUUUACGAAGAACUAUUUUGGAGACACCAUAUUAGAUAUAUACGACAAGUCAGAGGAGAUAACUACUGUGCAUUAAGAGCUGUUCUCUUUCGGGUAUUCAGCCAGGGCAUUUCUUUUCCCUCAUGGAUGAAGGAGAGAGACAUUUUGAAACUCCCUGAAAAGCUUCUGUAUUCACAAGGUUGCAACUGGAUUCAGCAAUAUAGUUUUGGACCAGAAAGAUAUACAGGAUCCAAUGUAUUUGGGAAGUUGCGCAAAUGUAUCGAAACAUUAAAGGCAAAUUGGACUGAAAUAAGUGGGGUGAAAGACAAGGAUGAAAGAGGAAACAAAUGUAAUAUCCUUUUCUCUGAUGAGAGCAAGGAGUACAAGCUAUAUGAGGCUAUAAAAUUCAUCAUGCUUUACCAAGUCAUAGAAGCUUAUGAACAGAUGAAGAAUGGUCAGGGACAUGUACCCAGGCUUUUUAGCCUCCUGUUUGCUCGUGAUACUUCAUCUGACCCUUUGAGUUUCAUGAUGAAUCAUUUGAAUCCAUUGGGAGACACUGGUGGACUACAGCAGGUGGAAAUGUUUCUUCUGGGAUAUUUACUUGAAGUAAAGAUAAGAGUUUACAGACUGUGUAAGUUUAAUACGGAAGAGUUUCAAGUAAACUAUCCAGAGGAGUAUCACAGGGAAUGGCAUGAGAUCUAUCUCCUGACUGAAGAUGACCAUCACUAUCACAUACCUAUUAUCAGUAUAUAAAACUGUUUUUAACUGUAUACAGUUCAGGGUAAAUUUAUCCUGGUAAAUUUAUCUUCUUGAAAUUAAUCCCUUUGAUUGAAACAGUGAGAUUUUUUUAAAGUCUGUGAAAAAUAAGAUUGACUACGUGUUAACAUAAACUUACGUAAUAACUUACUUUCCCAUACCAACCACAUUUCAGCUGUCUGGAUUUAAAAAGCACAAAACACAAAGCCUUCUGAAAGAGUUAAAUUAAAUUGUGUCACCUGUGGAGGGUCUGCUGGAGAAUAUUAUUACUAGAUAGCACAUAGUCACUACUUCAGUUAAAACCUUUAGAAGUAUUUGUGCAUAAAUCAACACAAUUCCAAAUGUUACCUACUUUGUGGUUGAGAAGGGUGCUUCCAGUAAUAGAACUGAAGCAUAUGUGACCAACACAGCAGCCUGGGCAUUGCCUAUGUCAGGGGUGGGAGGAGUG